UUGAGAAAUGACCACAAAUCAACAUCACAACUUGACAUUGAAUAAACGUUGUCCAAAAGCAUGUUGUUUCAACGUUGUAUUUGUGUUGUCAAAUAUUGGUUGGGAAAUGACCAAAGUUCAAUGGUCAAAUCAACAUCAGAACCCAACAUUGUCAAAAAAGCUUGUUGUUCCAAUGUUAGGUUUGAGUUGCUCAACGUCAGGUUAACAAGUUCUCAACAUUGUUUUAAUGUCUUGCACCUGCUGGGGUAUUAAAGUCCACCUAUUGUAAAAAAUGAUUUCAAAAAGGGCUUCCAAUGACCCCAAAAACGCCUUCCAUCCAUCCAUAUUCUACCGCUUGUCCCUUUCGGGGUCGCAGGGGGUGCUGGAGCCUAUCUCAGCAAUUCAUUAAAUAAACUUGUUGCUUCUAUUAAUUAUAUAAUAUUCAGUUAAGAACUGCAGCUAUGCAGUAUCAAUUUUUGUACGUUAAAAAUUAAAUACUGGGGAAAGGGAAGUCUGGGCUUCCCUGCUUAGGCUGCUGCCGCCGCGACCCGACCUCAGGUAAGCGGAAGAAGAUGGAUGGAUGGAUGGAUGGAUUCAUCAAGAAAAAUGACGUAUGUUAUUAUUUCCAUGAAAUGCUGUACCUGCUAUCUCUCUCCAUCAGGUUUUUUUUUUUAUAAACCCUGAAGUAAACAAACAUGCAAUGUGUAAUUAAAAUGUGUUUGUACUCUGCACUAACAGGACACAACACAUAGAAAGUCAUUAGUGAAAAAUGUCACAGCAAAGUUUCUUAUAGGCCUUCUCAUUAGGUACACCUGCACAAUCAAUGAUUCUGCCUUUGCAAGAAUAAUAAUGCUAGCUAUACAUAUAGCUGGCACAGGUGUGCAUUGCUCCAACGGGGAGGAUACGAGAAGACAGGUGCGGUGUUCUAAAAAGGCGCCUCGGUUUCCUCUCCGGGGUGAUGUAAGGCACGUCGGGCCCACUUGAACGCGAGUAACCCCGCCUGCUUUACCGAAAAUAACCCAGCGACUGCAGCAUCAGCACCGAUCAGCUGCGCAGGUGCGGUCGUUAAAGAGACAGCGGGAUUCAAACCCGAAUCAAGACGUGCGAUUCGGAAUAUUCAGAUGCGUUUGAUCACGUGUUUAAAAUGAGCGCCAACGAGGACGCCACGUUGAUGAGCAGCCUCGCAUUGCAGUGCAUUUAAUUGACUCCCACAUGGUAAUAAGCAAAAUAUUUAUGUUUUUUUUCUUCCCUCCCUUCUUCCUGGCUUCUCCAAUCGCAUCCCGGCUGCAACGCCCUGCAACGUCCCUGGCCGCCGUGCAUGCGCGCGCACAAGCACCCACCUCACGCGCGCGCCGGGCUAUACUGUUGCAGCAUCACUGUGUGUACAUGCUCCUCAUCCCUCAGCAUCAGCACCCUCCUCUUCCUCCUCUUCCCUCGGACGGAUGCCAUGAACACGAGUGGGGUGCAUCUGGACGUGAUUUUAGUCCCGGGAGUAGCAGAGGAUGCAGGAUGAUGAUGAUGAGGAUGAUGAUGACAUGAUGAGCGGCAGCCGCACCCCAGGAGAUAUUUUGACCAAAGAAGAAUCCUUCCUCUUUUUUCUUUGCUCCGAUUUGGAUUGUGUUGGUCUUGGACACACUGGGCCGGUUGCUUGGAGCGUCUGAUGUGCCGGGAUUGUGUUGUUUUACCCCCAGUGGACCGCUGCUAUAUCCCAUCCUGACCCAUUUCAACACACAACAAUAACAUGGCGGAGAAGACGUUGGAGCAAGGCUCCGUCAGCAUCCCCAUGGAGGAGACCAAACUGCACAGUGGGGCACCCCAAGAGGCGCCCCUGCUCACCCACCUGAAGAAAGUGGAGAAUCACAUCACCGAGGCGCAGCGCUUCUCCCACCUCCCGCGGCGCUCCGCUGUGGACCUGGAGUUCAACGAACUGUCCUACACUAUUCGCGAGGGUCACUGGUGGAGAAGGAGAGGUUACAAAGCCCUCCUCAAGUGUCUUUCUGGGAGAUUUAACAGCAGAGAGCUUAUUGGCAUCAUGGGGCCUUCUGGGGCCGGGAAGUCCACCCUGAUGAACAUCCUGGCAGGAUACAGGGAGACAGGAAUGAAGGGACAAAUUCUGGUAAACGGCCGCCCGAGAGACCUGCGGACCUUCCGAAAGAUGUCCUGCUACAUCAUGCAGGAUGACAUGCUGCUGCCCCACCUCUCGACCAGGGAGGCCAUGAUGGUCUCUGCCAAUCUGAAACUCAAUGAGAGCAUGCAGGUCAAAAAAGAACUUGUGCAUGAGAUACUGACUGCUCUCGGGCUUCUGGACUGUGCUCAAACACGUACCAACUCCCUUUCGGGGGGUCAAUGCAAAAGACUCGCCAUUGCCCUUGAGCUGGUCAACAACCCCCCUGUCAUGUUCUUCGAUGAGCCCACCAGUGGCCUGGACAGCGCGUCUUGCUUCCAGGUGGUUUCUCUCAUGAAGUCUCUGGCCCAAGGAGGGCGGACAAUCAUCUGUACCAUUCAUCAGCCUAGUGCCAAGCUCUUUGAGAUGUUUGAUAAGUUGUACAUCCUCAGCCAAGGACAAUGCAUCUACAAGGGAACAGUCCCUUACCUUAUCCCGUAUCUGAAGAACCUGGGCCUGCACUGCCCAACAUAUCACAAUCCUGCUGAUUUCAUCAUUGAGGUGGCAUCAGGAGAGUACGGAGACUUGAACCCGGUGCUGUUUGAGGCGGUCCAGGGAGGACUGUGCUCCGAGGAGGGCAAGAAGAACUCGAGAGACUCCUGUCACUCUCAGUGCUACAGUGACACAGGGACCCUUGAGAAACGUAGCUUUGCCACCAGUACAUUCACACAGUUCUGCAUCCUAUUCAAAAGAACCUUCAUUACAAUCUGCAGAGAUACGGUGCUGACCCACCUCAGAGUGAUGUCCCAUCUGGCGAUCGGAGUGCUCAUCGGUCUGCUUUAUCUCAAAAUCGGCAACGACGCCAGUAAAGUUUUCAACAACACGGGUUUCCUCUUCUUCUCCAUGCUCUUCCUCAUGUUUGCCGCCCUGAUGCCCACUGUUCUAACUUUUCCUCUGGAGUUGCCUGUGUUUCUAAGGGAACACCUCAACUACUGGUACAGCCUGAAGGCCUACUACUUGGCAAAAACAAUGGCGGACAUACCAUUCCAGGUGAUUUGUCCAAUCAUGUACUGCAGUAUUGUGUACUGGAUGACUGAACAGCCUGCAGAGGCCAGUCGCUAUCUGCUCUUCGUGGCUUUGUCCACAUCCACAGCCCUGGUAGCCCAGUCUCUGGGGUUGCUUAUUGGCGCUGCAUCCACAUCACUGCAGGUAGCGACAUUUGUAGGUCCGGUAACAGCCAUACCUGUGCUGCUCUUCUCUGGCUUCUUUGUGAAUUUUGACACCAUUCCCAAAUAUCUACAGUGGAGCUCCUAUGUCUCUUACGUCAGGUAUGGAUUUGAAGGUGUGAUACUGUCCAUCUACGGGAUGAACCGCACUGAGCUGGAGUGUCCGGGUCUGGUGUGUAAAUUCCAAAAGCCAGAGGAGGUCCUGCAACUGUUGGAUGUGGAGGAUGCAAAGCUCUACGUGGACUUCAUGGUGCUGGGGGUGUUCUUCGUGGUUCUCAGACUGGCCACUUACCUGGUCCUGCGGUACAAAGUCAAGUCCGAGCGUUGAGCAGAUCAUCGUAAAUAUAAGUUCAACAUUGCCCAUAAAACUGCUUGUUAUUUCAUGAAAACACUUCUACUCUUAGUUAUUUCUUUGUUUCUGCAAUCAUUGGAUACUGAUCACACAUGAACAAUGACUAAAGAUACAUAAAGCAUGUUUAUUUAGUGGACCAGGAACGUGUGCUAGUUUCCUCCAGGAAACCAUCUUGGUGCAGGAAUGUGUCAGUUCUUGUUUCUCCUCAAUGCCUACAUAAUAGUCCCGGGUUGGGGUGCAUUAGACAGCACCCAUCCCGAUGCCCAGAUUUCAAGAAGAAUACAUUCCAGAGAAAGUGGAAACUAUAAGUGCCAGAACUUUUGUCAGCUUCUCGCUUUCCUUAAAGAGAUUCUGGCUUUUACGCAAUCCUGACAUACCCACUGCCACUGGAUGACUUUCCAUAUCAGGGAUGGACCCUUUCUGCAGGCCUUGUGGCACACCACGAACAUGGCAGUCGGAUGCGGAUGAAGAACUUGUCAUCAUCACAGACUUGUCUGGAAUAAUCAUUUUGCUGCCCGGACUUUGACUCUGAACCUGCUGUUUGUUGAGGACAUGGAGCAUAAUGUGAAAACAGGCAUGACUGCUGCCUCCAGCCUCAUGCAGAGGGCUAACUUCAAAGUACCGACUGCAAGUAGAACAAGUGCAAUAGCCGUGGUUAGAAGAAAAAAAUGCGAGAUGCUCGUCUAAUCGCUGUUACUCUUUUAAAGCAAUCCCUCCAAAUACUUCUUGUAUAAUUAUUUCCUCCUCUGUGAGCUACAUUUUGUUCUCUCUUGCUAUCUCUCUCUCUCUCUCUCUCUCUCUCUCUCUCUCUAUCUCCCUCUCUCUCUCUCUCGCUCUCACUCUCUCUUGCCAUCACUUGGCUUUGCUGAUGUCUGACUGAUUUUUCCAAAACAAUGCUAGAUACUUUAAAUGCUGGCCGGGCAGAUUGUGUGCCUCCGAACUAGAAUGAUGCGAGCUUUGUCUGCUUCAGUGCUCGAUGUUUGCGCACACGACUUAUAUCCCCAAA